AUGGUCAACAUCCUGCUGCUCCACUUAGACGAACACGAGUCUACGGGGCCGGAUGCGAUCUGCCCAAGGGUAAUCAUCAGGAUUUCAGCUACUGACAAGGAUGAACUAUCACCUAGAGGUUUCUUCAAAUUCUCUCUGGCCACCGAAGAUACCAACUUCUCCUUGGUUGAGAACUACGAUAACACAGCUAAUAUCACUGUCAAAUAUGGACAGUUUAAUCGUGAACUUGCCAAAAUCCACUACCUGCCUGUCAUCAUCUCAGACAACGGUGAUCCGGAGCUCAGCAGCACAAAUACACUUGUCAUCAGUGUCUGCAAGUGUAAUGAAAAAGGCAACUUUACUUUUUGUGAGGAAAGAGCUAAAGAAGUUGGAGUUAGUAUACAAGCACUGGUGGCAAUUUUCAUCUGUAUCUUCACAAUCAUUGUAAUCGCAUUGCUCAUUCUUCUAAGAAAGAGACACAAGAAGGACUUGAGUGGUCUUGGGAGGAAUGUGGCAGAGAUUCAUGAGCAGCUUGUCACCUAUGAUGAAGAAGGUGGUGGCGAGAUGGAUACCACCAGCUAUGAUGUCUCUGUACUCAACUCUGCCCGCAAGAAUGGUAUAAAGCCAGAAGCAGUUCCCUCUCCAUAUGCACAAGUCCAAAAGCCUCCUGGAAAUACAAUCUCUGGUGCUGGAGAAAUGGAAAUGAUGAUUGAGGUUAAGAAGGACGAAGCUGACAAUGACAGGGAUUUGCUGCCAUACGAUACACUUCACAUUUACGGCUACGAAGGUGCCGAGUCCAUUGCGGAAUCUCUCAGUUCUUUGGAAUCGGGCUCCUCAGACUCAGACAUUGAUUAUGACUUUCUAAAUGACUGGGGUCCCAGGUUUAAAAUGUUAGCUGAGCUGUAUGGAUCAGAACCAAGUGAAGAUUUUGUGUAUUAA